UGUGGCAAGUGCAUUCGUAUAAAAAGGUGGCGAAUGGCAUACGUGCUCCUCAGUAGUAAUCCACUGAGUCACCAUGAACUCCACACUAUUCGAUAUGUUCCAGGGAUUGCCGGCGGAUCCGGUGAAGCUGCCUUUGUUUGGCAGUCCCAUACCAUCGAUUUUGAUUAUUUUGGGUUAUCUGCUGCUGGUUUUCAAGGUGGGACCCGAUUUUAUGGAGGCCCGAAAGCCCUACAAUGUUCGCAGUGCCAUGUUGAUCUAUAACUUCUGUCAGAUCAUAAUGAAUUCUGUUUUUUUUAUAAUGGGAACUCAUUAUCUUUUCGUGAAAAAGACUUAUAAUUUUCGCUGCAUGGCUAUGCUGCCGUCGGAUCAUGAGGACAAAAAUGCAGAUCGAUUGUUCACCUACUUCUACUUCCUCAACAAGGUGACCGACCUUCUGGACACCCUAUUUUUUGUGCUGCGAAAGAGCUCCAAGCAGAUCACCGUACUCCAUGUUUACCAUCAUGCACUGAUGGUCUUGGGAACGUCAAGUACCUACUACUUUUACGGACCCGGAGGACAAUAUAACCUGAUGGGUUACCUCAACUCGUUCGUGCACGCGGUCAUGUACUCUUACUACUUCAUAUCUGCUUGGUAUCCACAAAUCAAAAACAAGUUGUGGUGGAAAGAGUACAUCACCAAGCUGCAGUUUCUCCAGUUUGUGAUCCUUUUUGCCCAGGCUAUCCUAACAAUGUGGUUGAAUCCAGGAUGCUCAUUCCCCCGUGCCCUGCAGUACGUCCAGAUAGCAGUUUCCACUUCCAUGAUGGUCAUGUUUGGCAACUUUUACUAUCAAACAUACGUGAAAGCCAAGAGCAAACAGCAAUGAGUAAUAAAAGUACAUUGUGGUUCUCCUUUGAGU